AUGGGGGAUAGAUUGUACCAUCGCACAGGCCCAUUCUCAUUCAGAUCAGCGGCGCUCUUCGUCGGCGUCGGUGCAGGCAUGAUAUUUUAUUUCCAGUUCGAGAAGAAACGGUUGGAACGCAAGAGGAUCGUCGAGAUGAGCAAAGGUUACGGGAAGCCGAAGGUCGGCGGCCCGUUCGCAUUGAAGGAUGUCGAUGGCAAUGAUUUCACAGACAAAGAUUUAUUGGGCAAAUAUUCACUCAUAUAUUUCGGUUUCAGCCAUUGUCCCGACAUCUGCCCCGACGAGCUUGACAAGAUGGGCGAAGCCCUCGAAAUUAUCCAAGAGAGAGCCCCAAACACAGUACGGCCGAUUUUCAUCUCGUGCGAUCCUAAUCGCGACACUCCCGAUGUCCUCAAAGCAUACUUGGCCGAAUUCCACCCUGCUAUCCUCGGUUUGGUUGGUACAUGGCAACAGACCAAGGACGUGUGUAAACAAUAUCGGGUGUAUUUCUCCACGCCGCCAGAGCUGAAGCCGGGCGAAGAAGAUUACUUGGUGGACCACAGCAUAUACUUUUACGUGAUGGAUCCCGAAGGUGACUUUGUCGAGUGUAUUGGAAGGCAAGACACACCGGAAAGUGCGGCGGCCAUUGUACUCCAGCACAUCAGGGAUUGGAGAAGAGAGAGGAAGCCGAUUGAUACGACACCGCUGCCCUACCUUGAGAAGAAAGAGGUGACUUCUAGCGGUAACUAA